AUGGUCAGGCCCGUACCACCCAGCAUCAGCGGCCCUACUCUCUUCAGCAACGGCGCCGAAGCCCAAGCCUUCCAGCGCAACCGCGGCAUCAAGUGGCAUCCACCCAGCAAUGACACGACAAUCCCUCAAACCGACCCUCAGCGCAGGGCCUACAUUAUCCGAAUGAGGCGAGCCAUGGUAGACGUCAGUCGAACAACAGAGACGUCCAAACAUUUCAUCGAGCGCUGGAAGCAGCCACUCCAGAACGGCCAACGACCUCUGCCUCACUCCCUCGUUAGCAUGGAGGCUAUAUGUUGGGAUCUUCUCGAUCUCGCAGAACGCCUGCAUACGCAAGGUCCAAUCUGCCUAUCGAUAUACGACCCCCGUGCGUUGAAAGCGGCGGGAAAGUACAGGCACUUGACGUUCUCGCAGCGCAUCGAUGCGUUGAUUGAGGACUUGCUCUAUUCGAAGAAGACUGUUGAUGGUUUGAUGAGGACCGAGGGGCACGCCAUGUUCGUCGCAUGUUGCAGGCACAAACCAGCGAAUAGGAGACAAGACAAGAUGAUUGGCAUGAGGGAGGCACGUCCGCCGACACUCGAUGAAGGGGUUAGCAAUCUUCAGAUUUAA